AUGGACAACGCAACGUACCUGCGAAACCGCGAGCUGAGAAAGGCCUGUUACGACUUACUGAUGACUGAUCGGGUGCCCGAGGGGUGGCCUGGCACCCAGAAAUGGGAGCAAGAUGGACCCCAACCGCGAGGACGAGAAACGCAGACUAGAUUGGGAGGCAUACAAACAACAGUUUUUGCUGUUUGCUGUCUGUUCGGAAACAAC